CACUUCCUUACCCCCUUCCUUAGUUGCCUCCCACAUCCCGUUCCUGAGCCCGGCGCUCCUGGGCUUGCAGCCAGUCCCUCACACUCAGCCUAUGCGGGAUUGGAGGAGGGAGUUUGGCCAGGGAUGGGAUUUAACAAAUUCCUUGGGGACCUUGAUUCCCAGGGAAGAAUGGCAGUGACCCAGCACGGAUUUGGGGACCCAGUCAGGCAGCCCAGAAAAAGGGAGAUUAUACAAACAGAUGUAAAGACCCAGUAACAACAUGUGUGAAUCUGUCUACGAGGCUGGGACAGGAUAUGAGGUGCGAAGAAUCCAGUUUCAACCAAGUGGUGUAUCAAAAAAAGAUGCCGUCUCAAUAUUGGUUUAUGUUUAUUUUCCACUGACCCUAUGGGUGAAGAUAUCCUUGACCAUUACUCCACCUGAAUAUGUUCCAGUUCAUCCGACGUUACAUCACCAGGUUAAGAGAUAUGGAGAUCUCCACAAGGAUUUGGAGAAGAGUCCCAAUAAUUAUUAAAAUUCUGGAGUAGAUCUAUUAGGAAAGGUAGAUGGACUAUAAGGCACUUGCCCAAGAAACUGCUCAAGAAGUUUUAGACUACAGUCAAGACACAUCAGGCUGGAAAGUGGUUAAGACUUCAAAAAAGAUAACUGUUUCCAGCAAGGCUUCUAAAAAAUUCCAUGGAAAUCUAUAUCGUGUCGAAGGAAUAAUUCCAGAAUCAACAGCUAAACUGUCUGAUUUCCUCUACAAACCUGAAAACAGAGUUACAUGGGAUAAAUCAUUGAAGGUGUACAAUAUGGUACACAGGAUUGAUUCGGACACAAUCAUAUGUCAUACCAUUACACAGAGUUUUGCCAUGGGCUCAAUUUCCCCCCGAGACUUUAUCGACUUAGUGUACUUCAAGCGCUACGAAGGGAAUAUGGAUAUUAUCAGUUCUAACAGUGUGGAUUUUCCAGCGUAUCCUCCAUCUUCAAAUUAUGUCCGUGGUUUUAACCAUGCUUGUGGCUAUAUAUGUUCUCCUCUGCAAGAGAACCCAGCGCAUUCCAAACUAGUGAUGUUUAUCCAGACAGAAAUGAGAGGAAAAUUGUCCCCAUCAAUAAUUGAAGCAACCAUGCCUUCCAACUUAGUAAGCUUCAUCCUCAAUGCAAAGGAUGGAAUAAAGGCACUCAGAUCUCCAGUAGGACGUGGAUACCAUCAUAGCGGUCACGCAUCAUUCCUAAAGAAGAAGUGAGGCCAUAGAAAAGCACGUGUGGCAGUUAUUGCAGUUUACUUGCAAGUGGAGUUUCUGCCAUUUUGGGGACCUAUGAUGUAUGCACUAGCCCCUGGACGUGCUAAGCAUGAGCAACUGAACCAAAAGUGCCUGUGCAAGCCCCCUGCUCCCACCUCUACACCGGAUAAACACUUCCUGCACUAACAACAUGGUGAGGCGGUUCUUCCUGAGCUACUUCCCUGUCUUCUUACAUGUAACAAGCAAUAAAAAGUUCUUUGCUUUCAACAUUUCCUUGGGUUGUGUUCAAAGUGAUGUUCAACCCCCACCAGUAAACCCCUCAAGUUCAGUUACAUGACCAAAAACAAACAAAAACCUCUGGAAUUCCUGAUCACUUGGAAUGUUUUAUUUCUUGACCUAGUUACAUAAUUUUUGCUUAUAAUUACCCAUUAACUUACUUAUGCACUUUUCUGUAUAAAAAUUUCACAAUAAAAUAUUUUUAAAUAUUGAAAUUAACCCAGAUUUGAUGAAGGCAUACACCUGCAGAUUCAGGAAGCACCUAAAUCCCAACCAUCAUGAGAACAAAUAUGUAGCUAGACAUGUAAUAAAAACUGCAGCUCUCCAAAGAUAACAGUGAAUAUCUUAAAACAGUCCAAAGACGUCAGCUCAAAAUCGCAGUUUCAAAGACAUAGUUUCAGAAAGUGAAUUCUACUUGGAAGGAAUGAAUAUAUGAGAUGCAAGUAAAAAAGGUGAGCAGAAAAAAAGAUAAUCAUGUUCACAAACCUAAACAUUAACUCUAUAAAAUACUAAUAAAUCCAUUUUGGAGGUUAAUAAAGAACUAGAGGAUUAAAAUUAACAUAUUUUAACAUCUUUAUCUUGUUUGGGAGAAGGUACAUUUAUUUACCAUUUUUGGAUGUUAGGCAUGUUCAAUUUUUAAGGGUGAUCAAGAGUACUUAGAAUGUCUACAUCUCAAAUCAGUCAAGGGAAAAUAUAUUGAA